CCGCCCAGUUCCUGUUCCGGCUACCCCUCAGUCCCGCCGCGCUCGGGAAGGUCGCGCAGGGCGGAGGAGCCGCGCCGGGUCGUGUCUGUAUCAUGCUGUCCGCCGGCGUCCGCCGCUUCGCCACCUCCGCCAUCCGCCGCAGCCACUAUGAGGAGGGACCUGGCAAGAACCUGCCUUUCUCUGUGGAGAACAAGUGGCGGCUGCUGGCACUGAUGUGUGGAUUCUUUGGAAGUGGAUUUGCUGCCCCUUUCCUCAUAGUCAGACACCAGCUCUUGAAGAAAUGAAGGGCACAGACUGUAACUCCACUGACUGGACUUGGAAGUCUUCUACCCAGCACCUUUCAGUGGGAAAAUGAUAGCUGCAGUACAAGCUGGAUGUCUCUAAAUAAAAUAUUAAAUCUGAA